GCCAGUUGUACUGUACGAAAGUACGAAACCUCAUCAGUGACGCGAGCUCUGUGAAGGGCUGAAGGCCAACCAGGCUCUCCCUAUGGCGUCUCUCCGGCUCGUAGCAGCGCUGGCCCCCUCCCCUCUUCCACCUCGACGGGAGCCAAGGAAACCUCCGCCGCCCGCGGCCCACCUGGCGAGGGGCGUCGCCCUCGCGGCGGUGGCCGCCACCGUGGCAGCGGCCGCGGCCUCUCCGCCUGCGCUCGCCGCGCUGGCCGAGCCGGCGAACGCGCUGUCGCUGCCCACCUGGGCCGUCCACGUCUCCAGCGUCGCCGAGUGGGUGACGGCGAUGGCGCUGGUCUGGGAUUACGGGGAGCGGACGGGGUUGAAGGGCUGGAAAGGCCUCUCCUGGGGGAUGGUUCCACUUCUCGGUGGAGCGAUGUGCGCGUGCACGUGGCAUUUCUUCUACAAUUCAGAGUCUCUUGAGGUACUUGUAGCGAUUCAAGGUGCUCUAACAGUGAUCGGUAACAUAACGAUGUGCAUAGCUGCGUACCGUAUCUUCAAAGGAUCGCAAGAGGGCACUAACAGUAACAGUCCAUAACCUAUAUUAAGUGCUGAACCUCUCCAAUCUGUGGGAUCUCCCUCUGUGCAAAUUGUAGCGAUUUCCAUGAAAUUCUGAGAAUCAAAGAGGGCCUCCAGGUACCAAUGCCUUUGCUCUUGGCACGUGAACUUUUAGACGAAACUUGGCAUGUGACCUGUGAAGUCAUGAUGCUAAUCUUGAACCAAGAUCCCACUGCCAAAUUCCUGUGUAAUGCAACACUUUUGCACUGAUGAACCAGGUUCAUGCAUGGGGGGUAGUGUCGAAUGGCCAAAGUUGCAGCGGACGCCUUGUCAAUGGUGCAGGCAUGUCAAGCAUCGGAAUGAAACCUCCACUUGGGUACAUUGAUCGAAUGAGUAGGCGCUUUAUCGGAGGGCUGGAGCGGCUCCACAGCACUCGUGUGAGAGCCAUGAGUGCAGCUUUUGGCCAAAUCAUCUUUCCUGGCUCCAGAGUUCUCCUCUCUAAAGAUUCUCUCUAUGAUGGUAUUGCGUUGGCGUUGAACCGCUGCUCGAUCAGCGACCCAUUGUACAGUCUUGCGCAUUCGCGUUAUUUCGAGGCCUUUGUAUAGAAAUUUCCUAGUUAUUAAAAGCUAAAAA